UUUACGUCCAGGCACCAUGGCUUCGGUUGGACCCGAGCCCGCUGGUCUGGCCAAAGGCAGCGUGGAUAAGGGUGCCUCCACAAAGAAAGAGGACCUCGAUGCGGCGAGCAACGGAGAGAAGAAGCCAGAUGGAGAAAAAGAGAUAGCAGCCCGACUGGCCUCUUCCCCUCCAGCAGAGACAAUGCUAAACGGCACUGAAUGUGAUGACGUGAGGCACAAGAGCCCGACACAUGGCUCUGCUACGGCCAACAACAAGACUUUACUGUUGGUAAAUGAAAACGGCAUCCCAGACACGGAACCACCGCACGGUUCUGUCACUGGAAGCAAUGGAUUCAUUCUCACUAAGCAGCAGCAGGAAGGCGGCUCUGCAGCGACGCCGGGUUUGGGAGUUUCCCCCCACAGGACUAACUGGUUGCCUUCGGGCUCACCCACAGGGGGACACACGGCCAAAUCUCCCCCGGCCUCGGCAUCUGGGUGCACACAGAGUUCAGGUGCAUUAAGGACUGAUCCCAGUACAGGGACAACAUCGGGACAGGGGACACCAGACACUAAAAAUGGCACGGCCUCGUCACCCGCCCUGGCUCCAGCACCCGUCACGAUACACAGAGCACGCAAGACCAUGUCCAGACCUGCUGUCAGCCCGGCACAGAAGCUUCUUAACAGGGAAUUAAGAGAAGCAAAAAGUGCCAAAAUGGAGAAGAAGGAGACUCCUGUCGCAGCUGACGCUCAGAGAUCCUCGCAGCAGUCCCCCGCUCAGAACCAUCUACCUCAGAGUCCACCGAAUACGCCAGCUUCAGCACAAACUGCUUCAUCGUCUGCUUCACCAGCACCUCCUGCAGCUCCUGCAACACCUCCGGCUCCUGAGGCUCCUCCAGCACCUGAGACUCCUCCACCCUCUGCUGCUCCUCCAGCUUCUGCAGCUCCUGUGGCUCCUCCGGCUCGUCCAGCUCCUCCAGCUCCAGCCAAGCUACAAAUAGGUUCUUACUCAAUGGGUAUGUCAUCCCGGAAGAAGAAGAGGAGGAUGGGAACAUACAGUCUGGUUCCCAAGAAGAAAACCAAAGUGCUGAGGCAGAGAAGUGUGCUGGAAAUGUUUAAGGAACUACAACAGUCUGCCAAGAGCCCACAGAUGAAAGAGGUGGCAAACAUAAAUGGGGAGAAGAUCGAAAAUGCAUCAGAGGAGGAAGAGUCCGAGGAGGGGGAGUCUGAGGAAGAGGAGCGUCAGCAGUCAGCAGGAGAACCCGUCAGUGCUGUCCGGGAAGCAGCGUCUGAGCCCAUGUCUCAGGUGGGGGAUGAGCAGGAGUCUGAGGAGUCUGGAGAAGAAGAGGGAGAGGAGGAGGGCACAGAGUCCGACUUGAGUACAGAGUCAAGUCUGAAGAAGAAGUUGAAAAAGAAGAUGAAGGGAGACAGUGCGUGGCUCAGGCCGUCCAGGAAACGGAAGAGGAGGAUAAAGGCCAAAGAACUGGACGCGAUGGAUCAGCCUCAGGCUUCAGCUCAGGCCCAGGCAGGCGAUGGGAAGGAGUGCACACAGGUUUUCUCACCUGGGUCUGUCAACCUCAACAAGCCCCAAGAGCCGGCGGCUCGCUCACAGAACAAAGACACUUCAGGGUCAGCGAUGGAGGAGGCUCAGGAGCUUCCGCUCUGCAGCUGCCGCAUGGAGACGCCCAAGAGUCGAGAGAUUCUCACCCUGGCAGACAGGAAGUGCAUGGCCACGGAGAGCGUUGACGGACAGCUGACCCGCUGCCAGGGUGCCAUACUGAAACAUGAAAUGAUGCGUCCCUCCAACUCUGUUCAGCUGCUGGUUCUGUGUGAGGACCACCGCAACGGCAUGGUGAAGCACCAGUGCUGCCCUGGCUGCGGCUUCUUCUGCAGGGCUGGGACCUUCAUGGAGUGCCAACCAGACCUCAGCAUCUCCCACCGUUUCCACCGUGCUUGUGCCUCUGUGCUGAAAGGUCAAAGCUUCUGUCCCCACUGUGGAGAGGAGGCCAGCAAGGCCAAGGAGGUCACCAUCGCCAAGGCUGACACUACCUCCACCGUGCCCUCUGCGCUUGCACACGGACCUGCCACGCCUGGGGUCCCCGAGGGCCGAGCAGACACCACCACUGGCAGCUCUUCUCGUCUGGCUAUUGGGGGUGAGGUCAGCGGCAGGGCAGACAGCUCGCUGUCCAUGCGCUCUGCUCAUGGACUCGACGCCUCUGCUGUUCCUGGGUCAUCAAGGACGGCAGCACUGCUGGCUGGAACAACGUCAGCACCGUCAAUUUCUCAAGGACCAUCCAGAGAGACUCUAGAGAGCAUCCUGGUUGCUCUCGACACAGAGAAGCCCAAGAAGCUGCGAUUUCACCCCAAACAACUUUACCUCUCGGCCAAACAGGGAGAGCUCAAGAAGGUCUUGCUCAUGUUGGUGGACGGGAUUGACCCAAACUUUAAGAUGGAAUCUCAUAACAAGCGUACUCCGCUCCACGCUGCAGCUGAGGGAGGAUACACAGACAUCUGCCACAUGCUCGUACAGGCCGGAGCAAACUUGGACAUGUGUGACGAAGAUCAGCGGACGCCACUGAUGGAGGCCUGUGAGAACAACUACAUGGAGACGGUCCAGUACCUGCUGCAAGCUGGAGCCAGCGCCACGCACAAGGAUGUUGAAGGGUUCACAUGUCUCCACCUAGCGGCCAAGUCUGGCCAUUACAACAUUGUUGAGCACCUUCUGACAACAGGACUCAUCAACAUCAACUGUCAGGAUGAUGGAGGUUGGACAGCCAUGAUCUGGGCGACAGAGUACAAGCAUGCGGACCAGGUGAAGCUGCUCCUGUGCAAAGGCGCUGACAUCAGCAUCAGGGACAAGGAAGAGAACAUCUGCCUUCACUGGGCAGCGUUCUCGGGCAGCGUGGAGAUCGCUGAGCUACUCCUGAACGCCCACUGCGACCUGCAGGCUGUCAACAUCCACGGAGACUCCCCUCUUCACAUCGCUGCUCGGGAGAAUCGUCUGGAUUGUGUCACGCUUUUCCUGAGUCGAGGAGCAGAUGUGUUCCUGAAGAACCGAGAGGGAGAGACUCCCCCAGACUGCUGCAGCCACAACUCAAAGGCCUGGGCGGCCCUGCAGGCCAACAGGAGGGAGAGGGACGCCAGGAACAGCAGGCAUGCUCGGACAGAGGAGAAAGUCCUCCAUAGUGACAUAUCUCUGGGGCAGGAGAGCGUCCCCCUGCCCUGUGUCAACGCUGUCGACAGUGAACCUUACCCAGAUGACUACAAAUACAUCUCUGAAAACUGUGUCACCUCCCCCAUGAACAUCGACAGGAACAUAACACACCUACAGUACUGUGUUUGUAAGGAAGAUUGUUCAGCGAGCAUCUGCAUGUGUGGACAGCUCAGUCUGCGCUGCUGGUACGAUAAGAGAGGUUGUCUUCUACCUGAAUUCUGCCGUGAAGAACCUCCUCUCAUCUUUGAGUGUAACCAUGCGUGCUCCUGUUGGAGGACUUGCAAGAAUCGUGUCGUGCAAAAUGGACUCAGGACCAGGCUUCAGCUCUUCAGGACCGCUAAGAAGGGCUGGGGUGUCCGUGCAGUACAAGACAUACCACAGGGGACCUUUGUAUGCGAGUACGUGGGUGAGAUCAUCUCCGAAGCAGAAGCAGAGAUGAGGCAGAAUGACACUUACCUGUUCAGCCUGGAUGAUAAGCCCGAGGAUCUAUACUGCAUCGAUGCCCGUUUCUAUGGAAACAUCAGCCGCUUCCUCAAUCACAUGUGCGAACCCAACUUGUUUGCCUGUCGAGUGUUCACGACGCACCAGGACCUUCGUUUCCCACACAUUGCCUUCUUUGCCAGUGAAAACAUCAAGGCUGGAGAGGAGCUUGGAUUUAACUACGGCGACCACUUCUGGGAAGUCAAAAGCAAGCUGUUCAGCUGCGAAUGCGGCUCUUCAAAGUGCAAGUACUCGUCGGCGGCCAUGGCGUCGCUGCAGGCGGACAGCACACCGGAGGACCAGCAGCAGCCCAGCGCGUCACCUGACACCAGCUCUUCCAACAGUCCCUCCAGCCCUUCCUAAAACCCUCCUCACACUAAGCUCCAGCUACAUGUACAUGUGACUGACGGACACUCAAGGAUGCCUGCCUCCAUCCUCCUUGAACUUUUAUCAGAGAACUUUUACUGUAUCUCCACUUCUGAUUAAAACCAUGGACCAUCGACCUUCGCGAGAAGCCGUAAAAACGUCACACAAACCCAGAUGCACAAUCAAAUCCUGGAACAACCCAGUGCUCCUUUAUUCCACCUUGUGUAACUUGAACAGCAGGGGGCAGCGACAUCACGCACAGCAAUCAAAUGUCACAGGGACAAUAAAAAAGUCUUUACAUUUCAUACAUAACUUUACUGGGAAGGAGAACUGUGCAUUUAGUCUUUUUUGUCCUUUUUUUUAAGGUGAUUGGUUGAAAUUGUUAAAUGGCUUUUCUUAUAGAGUCAUGAUCAAGGAACUUUAGGGUCGGGGAUGAGGGUAUCGUUGUCUUUUGGAAAGACAACCUCAGCGUACAGCUGGGUUUAACUCGUUUGACCUUUGUGGUCAUUUAUCAUAAACCAUUCCAGCAAAAUUAGCUGAUAAAUAUUGAACCAUGUUGCCACCUCUUUGUGUCACUCCAUCUUUGUUGCGGUGUUUGAAGAGACAUGUCCAACAUUUGCCACCAUAGUUGAUUAUGAAUUGCUGGAUUAACUGUAAUGAUGGGACAGACACGGACAUGGUGCAGAAAGUGGACUGUUUUUUAAUUUGCUACUACAGCGCAUCUAGAUUGAAAGAAAGACGCUGUACCAUUCCUCAAAAAUGAGGCGUUUCUAGUUUGAAUAAAUUGGCUGACCUUUUUAUUGUCAUGUUUAAGGGGAUCUUAGUGUGUCGGACAUUUUGCCACAGCUGUGGAAGAAUUGAUUAAAUCGAAACAGAGUUUGAAAAACAAGAAAAUGGUGCUGACAAAAGUUUUUACUUUUGUUUUCAUUUUUAUUACCCCAGUGAACAUAGUUUGUAAAAUAAGAGAACGUUUUAAGUUUUUUAUGUUUAAUUUUAACUCAAGUUUUCUAAUUGUAGUUACUGUAGCUAUUUUUAAUUUUGUUUCAUGAUUUUGCCGACAGAGCCAACCCGUCUUUUUAAAUGUUGUUAGUAAAGCAGUGACUGUUGUGCAAAGUCUUGAAAGGCAUAAAUGAAAAAAAAAAAAAAGGUUAUAAAAAUGCACUUCCAUAACGUUCUGUUACAUAUUUCUGGACCGUGAACCAUCCAUCUAAUUGGUUGUAUCUUUUUCAAUAAAUUUACUACUAAUGCAUUUAU